GAGAGAGAGAGAGAGAGAAGGAACAGAGAGAAGGAAAGAAAGAGACAGAGAGAAGAGAAAGCGAGCGAGGAAUUAGAGCAAACAUGACAUGAGGAGCGCACUGAAAACAAGCCGCACUGUGUUCCCUCUGUCGCCUGCGCUGUGCGCGCACUAACCGGGGAGGCGUUUGGAGAAAGAUCGAAACCAAAGCGGGUUGUUGGACUCGAAUCUGUGUCGUGUGUGGAUUUUGUUCUCCUUAGACAAAUAGAGGCCUUUCAUCUCGCAGUCAACCGAAGAGAGGCAGACAGACGGAGCAAGAGCGAAGCUCCCCAAGAGACUGACACGCUGAGGUAGACGGGCUGACCUACAUCCUGCAGUUUGCAUGGAGAUCUAGGGCACUUCUCUGCCAGCUAAGCUUCAACAUCCAACAACGGAAAAAAGCAAGAGAAAAAAAAAAAAUCUGUGCUUUUUUUUGUAAAAGACUGAGCCGCUAACGGUCUGGACACUGAACCAAAAUAACAACAAGUGGAUAAAUGAGGGUUUCUAAUGCUGAGCUCCAGCUGUUCUUUAUCCUUCUGGCUUAUUUGGACACUUGAGUCCCCUCCUGUCAUAGCUACACUGAACCUGCCAUAAACAGACAAAGAACUUUGCGAGAAAACCUUCAAAGUGGUUGUUGGCACUACCCCCUCCUCUCCUUUUGACCUCUGACCUGGUUCUUUCCCCCCACAAAAAACAUUGCAAACUGGCUGCCACUAGACAAAUAUGGAAAAUCUGACUUCAGCUCUCAAGACAUUAAACAAAAACUCAGGGGAUAACCCUAACUGCGUUGAGACCUUCAGCAGUUAUGAAGAGUCCCUUCCUUCUGCUGAAGGGAGUCCAGCUCGCGUGGGAUGCCUCGCCAAGGCCAAACCAAGUAUGAGCUGCAGGCGAAAGCGCGAGUUCAUUUCGGAUGAAAAGAAGGACGCCUGCUAUUGGGAAAAACGCCGCAAAAACAACGAGGCCGCCAAGCGCUCCCGAGAGAAGCGACGUCUCAAUGACAUGGUCUUGGAGAACCGUGUCAUUGCACUGAACGACGAGAAUGUGAGGCUCAAGACAGAGCUGCUGCAGCUUAAGCUGCGUUUUGGCCUCAUAAACACAGCCUCCUACAUCGAAAAGAGCCAGCAGAUCGGUGGAAGCAACGCGGGAAAUGGAGGCUCGUCCUCAUCCCCUUCUUCUUCCACGCAGUACUACUCCAGCGGUUACUCUAGCGGUUCUCAGGUGAUGAUGAACUCUGAUUCCUCAGAAACAGAGCAGUCUGGACGCAGCGAGGGCCACAGGCAGCUGGUGAAAUACUCACCGCAUGGCUCCCUCUCCGACAUGUCCGACGGCUCCUCCAGGGACAGCCCUGAGCCAGUUCCUUUCAAGAUCAAACAGGAAGGUGACAGGUUAGAGAUGGACAUUGCAAACGGCACGACAACACAGAUCAUGUUCAAUAUCCAUCGUGGUCUGGCAUCUGUGCCUACUCACCACCAGAUCCAGCAGCAUUCUCAGGAGAUGGAGCCUGCUUAUCACAGCCAACAGCUGCACCAUCAACAACAGCAGCUCCAUCAGGAGCCUGUUAGCGCUAUCAACACUGUCAGCCAGCCGGCCCCUAACCCACCUGCUGCCCAGAGGAGCGUCAUUCUGUAUGGCUCCAGCAGUGCCUCCUGUGCUGUGGAUGCUCUGACGAGGCACCAGGAAAUCGAUAUGCAGGCAGCCCAGAAGCAGAGCAGCGGCAGCAGCCAGACGUGCAUCACCCAACUUCCACAAUCUCUUACAGAGAGCUCCACAGAGACACUGACUGAUGUGACAAAGCAGCUAGAGAGGAAGACGUUAGACUCGCCUCCGUAUGAGCUCUCAGAAAGCCGUAAUGAGGCGGGAGAGAGACAGGUGUACCGAGGUUGCCAACUUGCCCAGCAGCAGGAGAGAGAUUCAUCUGCAGAGCUCCUCCACAAACAAGACGAGGGGGUCAAUCACUCGCACCUGUACCAUCAUCUGCAGCAGCCUCAUCAUUCAUACCUCAGUGCCCAAGACGAAGAGCCACCUGUGCUUACCUACGAGGGGCAGCACGGGAGCGAGGCUUACUACCAAGGCUCCUCCAGCAAGGACACGUCAUCCAUUGACGGGGAUCCCCGCAGCUCUGACAAAGAGGCCUCCACGGAUGAUGACGAAUCCCCCUCAUCAUCUUGCUCAGAUAUGGGCAGCUACCACAACCAACAUCAUGCCAGCUUACACCACCCUGCCUCGCCUCUUCCAUCCUCCCAGGGAUGCUCUCAGGCCCAGGGCCGGGAUCCCCAGGGGGAGGUGAAGGGCACAGCUUUGCCCCACAAACUCAGACUCAAACACCGGGCCAUGAGCAGCGGUGGCAACUGCUCAGGCCAGGAAUCCCCCACAAGCCCUCCCUCUGCCACAACGCCUCCCCUGCCCCAGCACCCUUACUUGUCACUCAUACCACAGCAGAACAUUAUGCGAGAGAGCCAGGGUGGAGGCUGUGGACAGGCGGCCUCAUCAUGGGAGGAGGGCAGGAAGGAGAGUGGAAAAAAGGAGACAGGUGGACGACGAAACAAGAGGCGAGAUUAGGUGACUUUUACUUGCCCAGUUCAGACCAAAGAUUUGAAGAGGAGACAAGUUGAAACUUGCAAAUUUGCAAUGCAAAAUGCGCCGGUCUGCAACUUUUUGAACCUUGCCAGUUUACACCAAUGAGACGACACAAGCGGUGGAUCAUCAGCAUAUAGCAACAACUCUCUGUACAUCCGUUAUAACUUCCGACUUUCAGGUUUUUUUGUCGCUGAAUAUAAUUU